UCUCUCUCUCUCUCUCUCUCAUCAACCAACCAGAAAUGGGGAAAGAAGAAGAAGAAGAAGAAGAAGAAGAAAAACCCACCAACGUCUGCGAUUUCUGCAGCAAUUCGAAGGCCAUCCUCUACUGCAGAGCUGACGAUGCCAGGCUCUGCCUGUCAUGUGACAGGCACGUGCACCAGGCCAACUCGGUAUGCUCCAGGCACCCUCGAGCUCUCCUCUGCAACUCCUGCUCCUCUGCUCCCUCUUCAAUCUUUUGCUCCUCAGAUGGGUUGGUUCUCUGCUCUAAUUGUGACUUUGAGGCCCAUAGCCGAGAUGGGCUUUCGGCCCAUCACGGCAGGAGGCCUGUCGAGGCUUUCUCCGGGUGCCCGAGUGCUGUUGAGCUUGUUUCCGUUCUUGGGUUUGGAGGAAAUCAAGAAAUAAUCAAGAAGAAGAAGGAAAAUGAGGAGGAGGAUGACUACUUGUUGGGUGAAGAAGGGGGUUUUAAGUGGGAGAUGCCCGAAGUGGUCAGAUUGGAUGAUCUGAUUGUGCCUGUUAGUGAUUCCUGUUGUGGUUUUCAGGCUAUUGGGGUUCCUCCUCUGCCGAAGGACCGCAAUUUAGCUUGUGGGAAAAAUAAGGAAGAAAUACUCCAUCAGCUGCGUGAACUGAUCAAUUCCGAGAGCCCACUGGGUAAUGAUCAUGAGGAGCUUUACCCAGAAUCAGAAUUCAAAUCUCUCCUGCAACUCAAUAAUGUUGAACAGCAACAAGACAAUUUGCAUAUCGACGUCAAUGAGGUUGCAACAUUCACAGAGACACCGAACUUUGAGGCAUGCCAGCUCCAAUGGAAUAACAAUGACUGGCAAGAGGCAACUGACCCAGUGCUAUAUCCUUAUAGCGAACAAUCAGAAAAAUUUCCUGAUGUUACCACAUCCAUUCCCGAUGGAGCUGUGAACUUUCAUCAAAUUCACGGAGAGAACCUAUCACCAUUGACACCGAAACGAGCACUUGAGUUACUAUGUCCAGACCGUGACUCUGUGAUCUCACGAUACAAGGAGAAGAGGAAGAUGAGAAGAUACGACAAGCUGAUAAGGUAUGAAUCAAGGAAGGCUCGGGCAGAUAGCAGGGUGAGGAUCAAGGGGCGAUUUGCUAAGGCGAAUCAAGAACCAAAGCUUUAGAUUUUGGUAACCAACCGACAAGAUACACAAUUUUGCAAUCUAAGGUGAAUCAAGUGCCAUGCUCAUGAUUUGGUUAAGUAUCUCGUGCAUAUUUGGGUUUCUACUGCUACUGAUCAGUAUUAUUGGCACAGAGCUGCUAUCUGAGUGAAGCUUGUGAGCAGGUCUGUCGUCAUGAAUUCGACAGCCUGUUGUGUUAUAGAUAUUGGAUCACGUUAUAGAUUGUGUAUAUUUUGUGUAAGUAGUUAUGAAGAGCUGUUGUAAGAAAUAAUGCUGAUGCUGAGACUAGCAGCGCUACUGUUAUCUUAAGAAAAAUUUAUGGAAAAUCUGAUUGAGAAA